GAGGCGUCUGGAGGGAACUGGCGAGCCGAGCCGGGAGGAGCCGAGCCGAAUCGAGCCGCGAGGAGUCGGGAGAGGCAGGCUGAGCCCGGCUGGCCGCCUGCGGCUCAGUGCCGAUCGUGCCGCGUCGCCGGGCUCUGCGUCUCUCCGCCUUUGCCCAAGCUGCCGCAAAACUUUUAUUCUCUUGGGCUCUCCCGGGUGUGUGAAGGAAUCGGAGUGUUCGGCUGUCUCCGCGCUCCCCGGCAGCGGCGACCGAGGGGACCUGCAUCCCUCGCCCGCCGGUCUUUGGCGUCCUGCGCCUCUUCACCUGCCAACCGCUCCCCGGAGCCGCGAGAGGGCAGCCCGCGAGGGGCCGCGCGGGCUCCUGCGCCUAGCACGCCCGCUCACCGCGGCGGACCGCACCGCGCAACUUUAACUUGAUUCCUGUCGCCCAUCGCGGGCACCCGCUGCCGCCGCCGUGCUGCCGCCGCCGCCACCGUCGCUGCGGCAUCACAAAGGCGCAGGGAGGGGAGGCGACGCGGGCGGCAGGCACGGGCCUCCAGGCCGACGAGGCGCGGAGACAAAAGGCAACUGCUCGCGCUUGCCGUGCCGGCUCGGAGCAGCCCGCCCGUGCGCCCUCUGCCCAGCUGGGUUCGGGCUCCGCACGCCGCUGCACACCCGCAGCUGCUGCUCCGCCUCCUCCCGCCGUCGGUCCCCGUCGUGCUCGCGACCAGGCGAGCCUUCGGGGCGCUCCUCGCUGCUGGUGGUGGGGGCUCUAGGGAUAAUAAAUGAUAGAGGAUACAAUGACUUUGCUCUCUCUGCUGGGUCGCAUCAUGCGCUACUUCUUGCUGAGACCCGAGACGCUUUUCCUGCUGUGCAUCAGCUUGGCGCUGUGGAGUUACUUCUUCCACACGGACGAAGUGAAGACCAUCGUCAAGUCCAGCCGGGACGCCGUGAAGAUGGUGAAGGGCAAGGUGGCUGAGAUCAUGCAGAACGAUCGACUCGGAGGGCUUGACGUGCUGGAGGCCGAGUUUUCCAAGACCUGGGAGUUCAAGAGUCAUAACGUGGCUGUGUACUCCAUUCAGGGCCGGAGAGACCACAUGGAGGACCGCUUCGAAGUUCUUACGGAUUUGGCCAACAAGACGCACCCGUCCAUCUUUGGGAUCUUCGAUGGGCACGGUGGCGAGACUGCAGCUGAAUAUGUGAAAUCUCGACUCCCAGAGGCCCUUAAACAGCAUCUUCAGAACUAUGAAAAAGACAAAGAAAAUAGUGUGUUGUCUUACCAGACCAUCCUUGAACAGCAGAUUCUCUCAAUUGACCGAGAAAUGCUAGAAAAAUUGACCGUAUCUUAUGAUGAAGCAGGUACAACGUGUUUGAUUGCUCUACUGUCAGAUAAAGACCUCACUGUGGCCAAUGUGGGUGACUCACGAGGGGUCCUGUGUGACAAAGAUGGAAAUGCCAUCCCUUUAUCUCAUGAUCACAAGCCUUACCAAUUAAAAGAAAGAAAGAGGAUAAAGAGAGCUGGUGGUUUCAUCAGUUUCAAUGGCUCAUGGAGGGUCCAGGGCAUCCUGGCCAUGUCUCGAUCCCUGGGGGAUUAUCCACUGAAAAACCUCAACGUGGUCAUCCCAGACCCAGAUAUCCUGACCUUUGACCUGGACAAGCUACAGCCUGAGUUCAUGAUUUUGGCAUCAGAUGGCCUGUGGGAUGCUUUCAGCAAUGAAGAAGCAGUCCGAUUUAUCAAGGAGCGGUUGGAUGAACCUCAUUUUGGAGCCAAGAGCAUAGUUUUACAGUCAUUUUACAGAGGUUGCCCUGAUAACAUUACAGUCAUGGUGGUGAAGUUCAGGAAUAGCAGCAAAGCAGAAGAACAGUGACCCUUCAGGGGCCUGCACUGCUUUAGGCUAAAAGACUUUGACACACUGGUCUCUUAGAUAUAGUAAAAGGUGUGGGAAUUGUAAUUAGGAUCACCAAUCCCAGACACAGAAUCCCCUCCCUGGUGGCUUUCGGUCUGUCUUCCGUGGCGCACAGAGGGUGCCUCCUGGCCAAUGUAGUUGCGAGACUGGAAAACGUUUGCUUUGUAUUUCCCCAGCUCUGCACCCAUGUCCAAAACAUAGAAAUAGGUAGUUGUAGACCCACGUGUGAGUUGCCCAUUAGAUGUGCCAUGGAUUCUUCUUAAGAUUCUUUUAAAGACCUCUUGGAGCUUCUCCAGCACCAGCCUCUGUGCCUCUCCGUGGUGGUGGGCAAGGCAAGCCCUCUUGCAGGAGACAGGCUGUUGUGUCACCUGUGACUCAGGGGCUGACGUCGCAGCAGCCUCUGCUGAGGGGCAGUGAGGUGCUAGGGUGCUUUGUCCUCCCAACCCCACCCCCUCCUCAGCAGCCUCCAGAAGCAGAUUUGGAAUGCUUUAUUAUUUGGAGCUGCUCCUGGAUGAGGGAAGCCAGGGAGAUGAGAGGUCAGUGACAACUGCCUGCACAGCAGAAAUAAGCCUUCCCCCUCACUCCCUUUAUUAGUUAGGUAGACUCUGUCUACCACCUUGUGUGUUUCUUCCAGUCAGGCAUGACUUCACCUUGUGCUUACACUUCCCUGUAUGUAAUAGGCAGCUAUUAAAUUCACCACCAGACACUGC